AUGCCGUUUGAUCCGGCUCGCGCAGCUGUUCAACCAUAUCCAAUAACGGCAUUUCAGCCUAUUUAUUUUCUUGCCGAAAGUUUCAAAGAUGCCAAAGGGAAAAUAAGACAAUACGCCACGGAAAUUCCACGACCAUUUAGUGUUCAUUAUAAUUCUUAUACAGAGUCAAUUGAAGUCAUCAAUAAUAAAGAACAAAUCGUCAAUAUGUUUCGUAUGCUUCGAGGUGAAAUGGAUAUUUUAUAUGAUGCAUUAAAAAAGUUGGGGGUGCCUAAUGAUCCGACAGAUGAAACGUCGUCGUGA